AUGUCUGAAGCAGCGAUUGCCGAAAAGGAUCUUGGAAACGCUGCAUACAAGCAGAGAGAUUUUGCAAAAGCCCAUCAGCAUUAUGAUAAAGCGAUUGAACUAGAUCCAUCAAACAUUGCAUUUUAUAACAACAAGGCUGCCGCCUACUUCGAGGAAAAGAAAUUCGACGAAUGCAUUGCGCAAUGUGAGAAAGCUGUGGAAGUCGGAAGAGAAACUCGUGCAGAUUACAAACUAAUUGCAAAAGCUAUGGCCCGUGCUGGAAACGCGUUUCAGAAGAAAAACGACACAAAGCAAGCCCUUCAUUGGUUUGAGAAGUCUUUGUCGGAAUAUCGCGAUCCAGAGCUCGUUAAGAAGGUUAAAGAGCUCGAAAAGGCAAUCAAGGAAGCAGAGAGAUUGGCUUACAUUAAUCCAGAAAUAGCCCAGCAAGAAAAAGAAAAAGGCAACGAUUUUUUCAAGAAGGGAGAUUAUCCAUCGGCAAUGCGUCAUUAUAAUGAAGCUGUCAAAAGAGAUCCAGAAAAUGCUAUUCUUUACUCUAAUCGCGCUGCUUGCCUGACAAAGCUCAUGGAAUUCCAAAGAGCUCUCGAAGAUUGCGAAGUGUGUAUCAAGAAAGACCCGAAAUUUAUCAAGGGAUAUAUUCGUAAAGCUGCUGCGCUUACUGCCAUGCGCGAGUGGCAAAGAGCUCAAAAAGCCUAUGAAGAUGCUCUAGCCAUUGAUCCAAACAAUGCCGAGGCACUCGAGGGGCUCAGAAACUGCAUCAGAAACAAUGAUGAAGAUCCAGAGAAGGCACGUGAACGUAUUAUGAAUGAUCCAGAGGUCCAAGAAAUUCUUCGCGAUCCAGGAAUGCGUAUUCUGUUGGAGCAGAUGAGCCAAGAUCCCAAAGCGGUUCAGGAGCACCUGAAGAACCCAGAUAUACGCAACAAGCUUAUGAAACUCCGUGAAGCAGGAGUGAUUCAAAUGCGUUAA